AAAUAUGUCGAACUAUUUGGAACGCGCCGAAGAACUUAUUCCCGCCGAAGUCCGGAUGAUUUCGGGAUGUCGCGACGAACAAACGAGUGCGGAUGUGUCGAACGUCGCGUCGUUCUCUUUGCCCGACCCCGCGGGUAGCGCCGGUGGGGCCUGUACGUCCGCCAUGCUGAAGGUGCUGUACGCGAAUCACAAGGCCCCCCAAAAGGAUCUAUCCUUUCAAGAAGUCUUGAUGAAGAUGCGGGGUAUUCUCUCGCAGGGUCGAUACACGCAGAUUCCCCAAUUGUCGAGUUCGCGGCCACUCGAUAUCCACCAGAGCUUCAACAUUGUGCCGGCAAACUUCACUGGUACCCGUCGAGCUGUCAUGAUUGGAAUUAACUAUACUGGCCAGCAAGGACAGCUCAGUGGAUGCCAUAAUGACGUCAAAAAUAUGAUUGAAUUCAUAAAGGAUAUUCAUGGCUUUGAGGAUGAGAACAUUACCAUUCUCAUGGACGACGGAGCGCAUACGGAGCCUACUUACAAAAACAUUUUGGCAGCUUAUCAUGAAUUAGUUUCUUCCGCGAAAGCUGGCGAUGCUAUUUUUUGCCACUAUUCCGGACACGGUGGCAAGGUUCGCGAUGACGAUGGCGAUGAAGCAGAUGGAUACGAUGAAACACUUGUUCCUGUAGAUUUCAAUGCGGCGGGUCAAAUUCGCGACGAUGAUAUCUUUUCAGCUUUGAUCGGACCCAUGCCGGCGGGUGUGACACUGACGUCGGUCAUGGAUUGCUGUCAUUCUGGAACUGUCUUGGACUUGCCCUACGUCUUUAAGGCCGACGGUGAACAGAAUCAGAUGGCGCCACCUCCGGAUUUUGACUUCUCCAAACUGGCAGCGAUGUUUCAAGCGUACAUGGUCCAACAGGGCGCCAAUGGCCAGGGUGGUAUAGACCCGAACGAUGCUAUUGCCAUUGUUGCAAAAGAGUGUUGCAACAUUUUGUAACAAGACAACCCGUGAGAUUUCCGUUACGUGAAAAUUGAUGUAAUAGUGUUAUGACGCGACGAUUGUGAAAGCGCGAAAAACUGCGAAGCAAGGCGCUCUUUCAAAAAAGGAUAGCAGCUUUGAGCGAACAAGACAGCUAGGCGGCGUUGGAAGUAUUUGAUGUGACAAAGUUACGCAGGCGGUUAUAUUAGUGAGAGGCUGUCUGCUUAUAAGUUUUAUCUGUUUUG